AGAUUGGACACAGUGAAAAAGGUGGUUCAUUAGAUGGUGGGAUGGCUGCCCAAUGGGUCUCUCUCAUUUUGGAGAUAUUUUCUUGAGGUGGGAAAAAUGGGGUUUAGUUUAGUGGUGCUAAUUAAAUGGAGGAAUUGAGAAAAGACACAAACACUACAUUUUGAAGCCAUUUCUCUUUUUCUUGGCGAGAGAACAUAUUCUUCGACAAGUACUAGGUUUUUUGAGGGAAUGGAGUUGAACGAAGCUGCUGAGGCAGAGAGGAAGAAGGACGACGAAAGUGGUGGCUCUGCGGCGGUGUUCAGGUGGGAGAGGUUUCUGGCGAAGAUGGCGGUGAGGGUUUUGCUGGUGGAAGCUGACGAUUCUACUCGCCACAUCAUUAGUGCACUUCUAACGAAAUGCGGUUACAAAGUUGCUGCAGUUUGUGAUGGUUUGAAGGCAUGGGAGGUGCUGAAAAAAAAGCCCCAUAAUGUGGACCUGAUUUUGGCAGAAGUUGAUCUGCCAUCAAUCUCGGGAUAUGCCCUUCUCACCUUAAUCAUGGAACAUCAAAUCUGCAAAAACAUCCCUGUAAUAAUGAUGUCUUCCCAGGAUUCGGUUAGUACAGCUUAUGGAUGCAUGUUGAGAGGGGCAGCUGAUUUUCUGGUCAAGCCGAUUAGGAAGAAUGAACUAACAAACCUGUGGCAGCAUGUCUGGAGAAGACAAGCAUUGAGCAGUGGAGCCAUGGUUGAAAAUAAUGACAUUUCUAAUGGGGAAUGCAGGGAGAAAGGAAGUGAAGAUCAGAGCUGUUGUUCAAAGCCAGAUAUAGACACUGAAAGAGAAAUGACAGAACAUAUCCAGGAUCUUUUACAGCCAAAUUGGGACAGAUCUAUUCCUAUAGUUGAUCAAGCCUCUGAUGAAGAUAUAGAGUCUUGCAAACAGGGAAUUGAUUUAAUUGGAGCAUUUGAUGACUACCUCAAUUGCAAUCACAUAAAUCCAAGUUCAAAUACUAGUCCCAACAAGCAGGUUGAUUCUGCUGCACCCGAAUUGGAUCUUUCCUUGACAAGAACACAUCCUACUUCCAUGCUGAAUCAAUUUGUAGACAAUCAUAGAUUAAACCACUCAGAUGGAUCAGCCUUUACACCAUAUGUUAACAAGGGGACGCAGAAGCACGGAGGAUUAACAAUCCCUAUUGGUGUGAGGUUUGAGGGUGCAAGCAGCCCUGUGAUAUCUCCAAGUGAUUCCCCUGGUUCUGGCAAUCUAGAUUCUCCUCCCGGCCUUGACCCAAAUCCAGUUCAUCCUAUUCCUUCCACAGCUGAUGAGUGUAGGAAGGAAGAAGUUUCCCUGGCUCAAGACGGAAACUCUCAACGAUCAUCUCAAAGAGAAGCAGCUCUCACCAAAUUCCGCUUGAAGAGGAAAGACAGAUGUUUCGAGAAGAAGGUAAGAUACGAGAGCAGGAAAAAACUUGCAGAGCAGCGGCCACGGGUGAAGGGACAGUUUGUUCGCAGGCAGCCAAUCGGCACGGGUGACAAUGAGAUGAUUAGUGCUGUAAAUCAAUAGCUGAUAUUUAGAAGGAAAGCGCAUACAUAUCCACAAUUUCUAAAACAUUGUGCAUUUGUUUAAGAGUUUUUGCUAACCAUUUUCCCAAUAAGAGGGCUGUUAAUGUAGUUUAACUCUUUUGAAAUUAGCAGAAGCUUCUAACA